GGCCCUCCUGACGGGCGCGACCGCCCCUUCCGAGAGACGGGGCCGAGCCCGCCGCGCGCCGGGACGCGAAGGCUGUUCUGUCGUGCCGCGCGGGGACGGACCAUGAGGACUCGGUGAAAGCCGGCCCGCGAGCGGAGACGAUGACGACCCCCGCCCUGCUGCCCCUGUCUGGACGCAGGAUUCCCCCGCUGAGCCUGGGGCCGCCGCCGUUCCCCCACCACAGGGCUACCCUGCGACUUUCCGAGAAGUUCAUCCUCCUCCUCAUCCUAAGUGCCUUCAUCACCUUGUGUUUCGGGGCGUUUUUCUUCCUCCCCGACUCCUCCAAGCACAAACGCUUUGACCUAGGCUUGGAGGACGUGCUGAUCCCGCACAUCGACGCCGGCAAGGGCGGCAAGAGCCCCGGCGCCUUCUGGAUCCACGGCCCCGACGCGCACAGACACAGGGAAGAAGAAGAAUAUUUGAGAAAUAAAAUUCGAGCUGAUCAUGAGAAGGCCCUAGAAGAAGCAAAAGAAAAAUUAAAAAAGUCAAGAGAAGAAAUCCAAGCAGAAAUUCAGACAGAAAAAAAUAAGGUAGUUCAAGAAAUGAAGAUAAAAGAGAAAAAGUCACUGCCUCCAGUAUUUAUACCAAACCUUAUAGGAAUAAAAGGUGGAGACCCAGAAGAUAGUGACAUACGAGAGAAAAGAGAAAAAAUCAAAGAGAUGAUGAAACAUGCCUGGGAUAAUUAUAGGCUGUAUGGAUGGGGCCAUAAUGAACUUAGACCUAUUGCAAGGAAAGGUCACUCCACUAAUAUAUUUGGGAGUUCACAGAUGGGUGCUACCAUAGUAGAUGCUUUGGAUACCCUUUAUAUCAUGGGUCUUCAUGAAGAAUUCCAAGAUGGGCAAAAAUGGAUUAAAGACAACCUUGAUUUCAGCGUGAAUUCAGAGGUAUCUGUGUUUGAAGUCAACAUUAGAUUUAUUGGAGGCCUACUAGCAGCAUUUUAUCUUUCAGGAGAGGAGAUAUUCAAGAUUAAAGCAGUCCAGCUGGCUGAGAAGCUCCUUCCUGCCUUUAACACACCGACUGGGAUUCCCUGGGCUAUGGUGAAUCUAAAAAGCGGAGUUGGCCGAAACUGGGGCUGGGCGUCUGCGGGGAGCAGCAUUCUUGCUGAGUUUGGAACACUGCACAUGGAGUUCGUCCACCUCAGCUACUUGACAGGGGACCCUGUUUACUAUCAAAAGGUCAUGCACAUUCGGAAACUGCUUCAGAAAAUGGAUCGUCCAAAUGGACUUUAUCCAAAUUAUUUGAACCCAAGAACUGGCCGUUGGGGUCAAUAUCAUACAUCUGUUGGUGGGCUAGGAGACAGCUUUUAUGAAUACUUACUGAAAGCGUGGUUGAUGUCAGAUAAAACAGAUCAUGAUGCAAGGCGGAUGUAUGAUGAAGCUAUUGAGGCCAUAGAAAAACAUCUUAUUAAGAAGUCCCGUGGAGGUCUUACCUUUAUUGGCGAAUGGAAGAAUGGACACUUGGAAAAGAAGAUGGGGCAUUUGGCCUGCUUUGCUGGGGGAAUGUUUGCAUUAGGAGCAGAUGGCUCCCAAAUGGAUAAAGCUGGUCAUUAUUUAGAGCUAGGGGCGGAGAUUGCCCAUACAUGUCAUGAGUCAUAUGACAGAACUGCAUUAAAACUAGGUCCUGAAUCAUUUAAGUUUGAUGGUGCAGUAGAGGCUGUGGCAGUUCGUCAGAAUGAGAAGUAUUACAUCCUCCGUCCAGAAGUAAUUGAAACCUAUUGGUACCUGUGGCGCUUCACUCAUGAUCCACGAUACAGGCAGUGGGGCUGGGAAGCAGCACUGGCUAUUGAAAAGUAUUGUCGAGUCAGUAGUGGAUUUUCGGGGGUGAAGGAUGUGUAUUCCUCCACUCCAACACAUGAUGAUGUUCAGCAAAGCUUCUUUCUUGCUGAAACAUUAAAAUACUUAUAUCUGCUCUUCUCCGGUGAUGACCUUUUACCUUUGGACCACUGGGUGUUUAAUACAGAGGCUCAUCCUCUGCCUGUGUUACAUUUAGCCAAUGCCACACUUUCAGGAAACCCUGCUGUGCGAUGAGAGCAGCUCCAGAAAGACCAUUCUCACCUGUGUUUUGUUUACAUGGACUACUGCAGAAAUCCGUCUGGAGAAGGACCUUUGGAAAAUGGACCUCCCGAGUUAAUAUGGCAGGUGAAAUGUGACUAUUCCCUGCAGAACUUUUCAACUUGUAGAUGUCUCAACUUUGAAAUGAUUCCAUUUUCUAUCUGACCAAAACAUAUUACGGUAUGUGUAAGACAGACCUGAUUUGCUUUGAUUCUUAGUCAAUGAUCACAUGAAAAAUUAUGCCUAUUACUAUAUUGUUUUUAGAGGUCUGGAGACUAGACUUCCUAAGAGUAAACCAAGAUGGAGCAUCUUGCAGGAGAUUGCUUUCCUUCCGAAGCGGAGAAGCCUUCAGAUUAAAUAUUUACACCUUGUAGGUCAGAGAUUGUACAGGAGUUAAGGUAUUUUUCUUGUACGCAGCUGGCCCCUGUUUGAUCCCAGGCAGUACACAGGGUUGCCAAGAACUGCUCUGAAUGACCCCUGAGCACUGCGUCAGGUGUAAGCCCUGAGUACUGCCAGAGUGGCCCCAAAAACAAGCAAAAAUUUACAUAUUUUUAUCCCUUUUUCUCCAUUUUUAGUAAUAGAGUGAACAAAAAUAAAAUAAAGGAACAGCAUAACUACAUCAGCAGCAAGAAGAUUCAAAAUAACAAGCAAACAACGACAGAAAAACCAGAAAUGGAUGUACCUAUCCCUGUUUGAAUUUUCAAGUUCUCCAUUGGAUGAUCAAACUGGCAACCAUUUCAGAUCCUACUCUAUUUCAUUGAAAUUCUUGGUUAAAUUAAAUUUUCUCUGGGGACAUGAUCUGAUAGAAGUCCUCUUCCAGCCCUUGUGUGCAUAUUGAAUUGUUUAAACUGCUGUUACUAGAACCCCUGCCUCAGGGCCUGGGUUUGGAACUUUGCAUGUUGUUCAGUCCAGUCGAGUAUUGGUAGCAUGACAGAAAGUGAAGGAAAUGCCACAGUUUGUUGCCUUGAAACCUGUUCAAAGAGAAAACCUUGGUGUUGCUGGUAGGAGGUUAUUUUUUCAAACCAGCAAAUCAACCAAGUUAAUUUUAUCCACUUUAACCUCAUUAUAAAUCUAAUAGAAUCCUUCAUUGUAACAACUUUAUUUAAGUGGCUUGGCAAAAUUUACUCUACUAUUAUACGGCUCUGAAUUUAUGAGCUAAACUAUUUUUAUAACUUAUUAAAUUAAAAACAAAUUACAGUGAAAUUUAUGAAUAUUCUACCUGGAAAAGAAACAGGGGAUCCUUUAUUAUCAUCAGAUGAAUAAACUUUUCACAAAUAUUUUAUGUAAAAAAAAAAUUCUGCUAUUAUUUUUUCCAAGGAUAUUUAUUUAUAGAAAUACAAAUAAUCAGAAUGGCUUCAAAAUAAUUUUUAGAGUUAGAAGUGUGGUGUAAUUUAUUACACUAAAUUUGGGCUUUCUCUCUCAGUAGAUUUUACAGUUGUAUUUCUUUUAAAUAAAUUGCUAUUUCUUUAUAUUUUGGUGGAAAGAAAUGAAAUUUUAUCAAGAACUAUAUUGUAAGCUAAACAGUGCUUAUACAUUUUCUCUCCCUUGAAUUUUUGUCACAGUGUGGACACUUGUUUCUUCUUUACAUUUAAUACAAACAGCUUUCAUUAGCAGUAAAAGUUGGAUGAAGUACAACUUAUCUAAUAUUUACUCUGAAUUUAAGUAUUUCAUGAAAUAAUGUUUGUGCAGGAAGUCUGUUGGAAUUCUGCAGGCUUAUUUCCUCAUUUUGGAUAAUUUUUCUUUUAAUCUCUUAUCACAUAUAUCAUCUAUCAUCUAAAUUGGGAAGAUUUAAUAAAUGAAAUUAAAUAUUUUAAGGGCGAUUAUCUUCUACCACAGUCAUCCUCACAGUUUAGUGAAUGAUCCAUAAAUGAUAGCUACCCCAGGAUGUUUCAGUAUACAUAGAAAAUAAAUAUGUUGAGUCUGUUACAUUAAGUCUUUAAGAAACUUAAGUUUUAGCACAUAUUUAAAACUUGUAAUAUCUUUUACUACUUGAAAAGUUUCAAAAUUUUAAAUGUGAUGGGUAGAUGAUGGUAAUUUUGGAUGGGUAGAUGAUGGUAAUUUUGGAAGACAAAGGGAAAGUCUUUGGUCCCAUCCCCCCAAAAAAAGUCUUUUUUUCUAAAAAUAGCACAAGCCCACUUAUGAGUCACUUAAAAAAAAAAAGUGGAAAAUCUGAGUUGACCUAGAGCAACUAUGCUAGACAUCAUGAGUAAAUGCAGAAUAAAUGGAGCCUUCUGGGUUCCAGGAACUUCUCAGGACAGUGAGAAGACAUGGCCUCCCCCCAGUGCUCUGUGUGUGUCUAGUGACUGGAGCACUGGGGAGGAAGCGGGGUGGGCCAGUGCACCUGCAGGGAAAGACUGAAAGGAACAGUAAGUCUUCCUCGCCCCUUACCUGUUUUGUGAUGAUGAGAUUCGACUUCAUAACACUGCUUCCAUUUAUUUUCCUUUUUGAAGACCAAAAGCAAUUAAAAUUCACCACAAAUGACUUGCCAGUGUCGUGUUGUCUUUUGUUGCAAUUUUUUUUAUAACGUCCUCCAAGAUAAAUCUUUCUGUUGUGUUCCACUUAAUUUCCGAGAAUGCUUUCCUUCUUCUUUGUGUUCUUUGUACUUUAUAAACCUUAUUAGUCAGGUUGAAUAUUCGUGACAUUGAUAAGACCUUUCACUAAGCUCCUGAAUGCUACUUUCCAGAUGCUCCACGAGGCGCUGACACCCUAGCCCGGUGCCUUUUGCACAAAGGCACAGAUUCUGUCCAUCAUUUGGUACCUUAAGAAAAAAAAAAUCUAGAAAUGUUGUACAUACCUUUGUGUUCUACUUUUAUUUCUCAUUAGUUUAGAGUCACUCUUUUUGGUUCAAACCAGUUUCCUCUUUCUUUUUUUUUUUAAACUUAUAUGAAGUCAUUAAACCAAGGAAAUGACCCUAGCAUUAAAGAAGUCCUACUGCAGAAAAACAAGUUCCCAAAGGUUCCUUACUUUGUAGUGGGUCACACAUGCCUGCUGCUUAUGUCUCCAGCACUAGCUUACAUCCAUCUUUGAGCAAAUGGUUCUAUAUAAAAGUGAAAACUGGGUGUGUCGAGCAAACAUAUUCCUUUUGUGUAUUAUUGAUCCUGAUCUCUGUGAUAUAUUAAGAGCAGUAAAGGACUGUGCUUUCAGGAAACUGAAAAACUGUUUGAAAUUUUGAUCAUUGUUUCUUUCUCCAUUGCCAAAGUCUGUGUCCAAGCUACAGGUCUGAUGAUAAAAGAUUGCACUUGACAUUCCCUUUUUGUAAUUUCUCCUUUAAUCUGGAUUUUUGUGAAUGUAUGAGAAAAUAAGACAACAAGUGUGCAAACAUGAAGUAUCUAAUACUUGCCUGCCGUUAAGCUAGGCACUUUAAAGCAUUAGGACAUUUUUGUAUUUCAGGGGCAUUUUCUGUGUAAGAGUAUUUCAUACCAUUUUAAAUGUUUUCCAGUUUGAGCCAUGUUAUAAAAUUCUUAAUUUUAUAUUUCAUUUAAAUUAAAGAGGAAAAUGCUUUAUAAUAUAUUUUAAAUGUUUAAAUACAGUAACUGUAAUCGAGUUAAUACAUAAAGUUUUAGAACAAAUACCCAAUUUCAGAUGCAACUAUGACUAAAAUAUUUACUUUAGAAAUAAAACACUAAUUUACUACCUUACCUAAUUACUAGUUAGAAAUUGAUUUUCUGGAAUUGCUGGUUAUUUUAUAUUCAAAAAUGUCAAAAUUCAUGGGGAAAAUGUGGUGAGUUGUAAAUUGUUUUUGCUCUACUGUGGAUCAUACUAAUGCUUUAAAUAUAAAGAAAAAUGUACUAAAUUGUUUCUAAGUGUUAAAUAACACUUCCUCACAUUAUUAUUUUGAGAUUUUUUUUCUUUAGGUUUUCUUGCUUUCCAAUUGGCUAGCUUAUAUCUAAUCUGCUCUGUAUGUGCAUAUAUACAUAAAUAUAGUUCUUCAUGGAGAAAAUUUUAUUACUGUUCUUUUCUAAUCACACCACAGUUGUUACCUAGAUUUGCCUGCACAAAUUUGAAGCGGACUAUCUGAGUUUCCAAAUAUGAUCUGGAGUUAUUAAUGCAACUACUAUAGUUCAGGAACCUUGGUGAAAAAUACUUAUCUCAAUACUUUCUGCAUACACCAUUUAUAUUUUAGGCUGAGUCAGAAUCUACAUCCACAACUCAGUUCUGCCAUUGAAAAGUUGAAACAGAUAUAGACAUUAUGUAAAGGAAGGGAGAUAGGUAGCUAAAUUCCAGUAAAACUUCAUUUACAAAAUACAUAGAGUACUGGAUUUGGCUCAUGGGUCAUAGCUGUAAACUCUUGAUGUAAAUUGAAUUUGUGUGAGACCCUGUAGUCUUUGAUCUGCAUCUUCUGUUAAAUAAUUCAUUUUUAAAGCAAAAGGAUGUAUAUGUACAAUUGUAUGUAUUUGUGUAACCUAAAGCUAUAUACUCUGUUGUCCUGAAAAUAGAUACUCUCUUCUGGAUUUGUUAAUGUUUCAAGAUGAUAAGAUUAUCACAAAAGAGGCAAAUGUUUGUUCUUGGGAUGUGCUGUUAACCAGUAUCCUUGACUUGUUCAGGGACGUUGUUCAGAGUCAUUUGGAGUCCCAGUGGGAAAAGAAUUUACUUUGUGGUGUCAAAUUAUAUUCUCUCCCAGUUUUGCCUGCUUGUUGAUCAUUAAAUCAGGCCUCUGGGUUGCUUAAGCAACAUGAAUUCCUCCACUUAGUACUCUUAGAGCCUUAAGACAAGAAUACAAUGAAAUCUCUGAUCUUUGUACUACGGAAACUGGUCUUUUGCAAAAAAGCUAAACAACCCAAAAUGUGUUGUGUAACCUCAUUUCUUUUUGACAGUCAUUUUUCCCUUUUCAGAUUGCAGAACAUAACAGCCUACAUUCAAGGAGUGCAGAGAAAAGCUGUAUCUUCCUCCUCGUUGUAAUUUGCCUCAAAUCCUAUUAGUUGCGUUAUUUCCAAGUUGAUUUGACUUUCAUAUUUAAAUAGAAGCAUUCCUCAAUCUCGAGUCUUGUAUUUCCACGGUUUAACAGCUACUACAUAUCAAACCAGGUUUGAGAUUUAGAAUGCACAAAAUCACUCAUGAAAGAACACAACACCAAUUGGUGCAUUGCACCAAUCAUGAGAGAGCAGACUUUCUUUUUUCCACUCAGAAUUUUAUCAAAGCAUUAUACUAUUUUUGAGAAAUGCUAAAGGAGCGAGAGCCUGUAUCGAUAGUGAUCAAGGAAGCACAUAAUUGAGCUAUCUUUCUAGGUCUAAUGUACUGUAUGGAUUGCUUAGCUUAUUGUGAAUAUAGUGAACACACAUUUGAAUCUACGCACAAACAGGUUAAUAUGCAGAGGGCUUUAGUUGUAAAAGCCUUGAUGCUAUUUGAAUGCAACAAAACUCUCCAAAUUGUCUAUUGGGAAAGUCCAUGAAGAAUAAAAAGUUUAGCUCUUUGAAAUUAUCCUUUUAUGAAAUGUUUAGAAAUGGGAUGAUUAUUUUAAUUAAUGAAGUAUCCCAAGAUUUAAUUUCUGGAUUCGAAAGUUGAAUUGCCAUUCUUCAAUCUUACUGGUCUCAAAUCCAGUUGUUAGCUAUCAAAUAAGUGGGGUAAGUAGAGACUCCUAAAUGGGGGUAUCCACUCCUGAAUGGACUUCCAAUCAUGUUCUCAAUAUGUAAUUUUUACAAGUAAAAGGUGAUAUUGUGUAUUAAAGAUCAAAUAAAGAUGCUCUUUAAGUGAAAA